CAUUAGUUCUCUUUCGGUUUUGGUCGCUUGUGUUUCGGAUUGUGCAAGCUGCAAGGAGUAGUUAAAUACUAUAAACCCUUCAAAUAAAGCCAAUCUUUUUGUCGGAUAGUUCAGUUUUCGUAGUAGGGAUUCGGCGACAGAUCCUGCGAAAAUGAAGUACUGGGUACUUCUAAUUGUUGGGGUUUUUCUGUGUACAGGACUCACCGCGGUUCGCGCAGAGGACGAUGUCGAAGAUCUACCGGUCGUAGAACAGGAUCUAGGUUCUUCCAAGGAAGGCUCCCGUACCGAUGCGGAGGCGUUACAACGCGAAGAGGAAGCCAUCAAGCUGGACGGACUGAAUGUAGCGCAGAUGAAGGAAUUGCGUGAAAAAUCGGAAAAGUUUACAUUCCAGGCGGAGGUCAACCGAAUGAUGAAACUGAUCAUCAAUUCGCUUUAUCGCAACAAGGAGAUUUUCUUGCGUGAGUUGAUUUCGAACGCUUCCGAUGCACUGGAUAAGAUUCGGCUGCUGUCGCUCACCAGUCCCGAGGUAUUGGAUAGCAAUUCAAAUCUGGAGAUCAAAGUUAAAGCAGACAAGGACGGCAAAGUGUUGCAUAUUAUCGACACUGGUAUCGGUAUGACCAAGCAGGACCUGGUAAACAACCUUGGCACUAUUGCGAAAUCUGGAACUGCCGAUUUCUUGUCCAAGAUGCAGGAAACCAAAAGCGAAAAUCAAGACGUCAACGAUAUGAUCGGACAGUUCGGUGUCGGAUUUUACUCAGCAUUUUUGGUUGCUGAUCGAGUCGUUGUUACCACUAAACACAACGAUGAUAAACAAUACAUUUGGGAAUCGGAUGCGGCUAGUUUCAGUAUCGUGGAAGACCCGCGAGGCAAUACUUUGCAACGUGGCUCACAAAUUUCAUUGCACUUGAAGGAAGAAGCACAAGAUUUCUUGGAGGAUGAUACAGUCAAACAACUAAUCAAGAAGUACUCACAAUUUAUCAAUUUCCCGAUUUACAUGUGGACUAGUAAGGAGGUAGAAGAAGAAGUGCCUGUCGAAGACGAGCCAACUGAGAAACCGGAGAAAAAGGAUGAAGACCAAACCGAGGAAGAAGAUGGAAAGGUCGAGGAAGAAGCUGAGGAUGAGAAACCCAAGACUAAAAAAGUUAAGAAAACGGUUUGGGAUUGGGAGAUCAUGAACGACAGCAAGCCAAUCUGGACGCGGAAACCAAACGACGUAACUGAUGAGGAGUAUACGGAAUUCUAUAAGAGUUUGACCAAGGAUACUUCGGAACCACUGACUCAUACUCAUUUCGUCGCUGAGGGAGAAGUGACCUUCAAGUCGCUUCUUUUUAUUCCGAAGGUGCAACCGUCGGAAAGCUUUAACAAAUACGGCACUAAAUCCGACAACAUUAAGCUGUACGUACGCCGUGUUUUCAUAACCGAUGAGUUUAACGAUAUGAUGCCAAAUUAUCUGAACUUUAUCCGUGGUGUUGUAGACUCGGACGAUCUUCCGCUGAACGUUUCCCGCGAAACUCUUCAGCAGCACAAACUAAUUAAGGUUAUCAAGAAGAAACUUGUCCGAAAAGCUUUAGACAUGAUCAAGAAAAUCGAUAAGGAAACGUACGAGAAGUUCUGGAAAGAAUUCUCCACCAACAUUAAACUGGGUAUUAUGGAAGACCCUAGCAACCGAUCUCGUCUAGCCAAGUUGCUUCGGUUCCAAUCGUCGAACGGUAAAAGUAGCAAGGAGUACACUAGCCUCGCAGAUUAUGUAUCGCGCAUGAAGUCAAAGCAGGAGCACAUCUAUUUUAUCGCUGGGGCUAGCCGCGCUGAAGUGGAAAAAUCACCCUUUGUCGAACGGUUAUUAUCUCGUGGAUAUGAAGUCCUUUACCUUGUUGAAGCGGUCGAUGAGUACAGCAUUUCUGCUCUGCCUGAAUUUGAUGGUAAAAAAUUCCAGAAUGUUGCCAAGGAAGGGUUUGUACUAAACGAAUCUGAAGAAUCCAAAGCCAAGUUCGACGAACUGAAGACAGAAUUCGAACCACUGCUCAAAUGGCUGAAUGAUGUUGCUCUAAAGGACAAAAUUGCCAAGGCUUUGGUGUCCGAGCGUUUGUCGAACUCGCCAUGUGCUCUAGUAGCAUCAAUGUUCGGUUGGACUGGUAAUAUGGAACGUUUGGCCAUGGCCAACGCUCAUCAAAAGACUGAUGAUCCGCAGCGGCAGUACUAUCUCAGUCAGCGGAAAACGCUCGAAAUAAAUCCACGACAUCCGCUGAUGCGUGAGUUAUUGCGCCGAGUCGAGUCUGAUACAGAAGACAUUGUCGCCAAGGAUAUGGCAGUUCUGAUGUUCAACACGGCCACCUUGCGUUCGGGUUUCCAUCUGCAGGAGACUGCUGAUUUUGCUGACAGUAUCGAACGAAUGAUGCGGCAGACACUAGGCGUUUCGCUUGAUGAGCAACCCGAACCGGAAGAAUUCAACGAGGAAGAUGAGGCCGAUGAUGCCGCUGCCAAGGACGAAGAAGAGGAGGUCAACGCUGACGAGGAAGCCGAACAUGACGAACUGUAAGACGUCCAAGACAAGUCAUACGUUUGAAUGAGACCCUGAAUGAGUGUAUUGAGAAUGCGCGGGAGAAUACACCAGCACACAUCGGACUGAUUUAAGUCGAUAAGUCACUUGUGUCCUACUGUAAUUCCAUCAUCGUACAUAAUCUAGAUACGUUUCGUAAUGGAGAAAGGAGCAUGUUUUCUAUGCUGCUUUUUAUUUUAGAAAUAAGUGUACUUGUUUGUGUAGUACAUACUAGUAAUAAUCUUGCAUUUCGGAAAAUGAACGACUCGAUCGUUCAAAACCAAUGAUUUUGGAGCAAAAAGUUCAAUUAUCGAGUUUUGUUACAAUUGUACAAAACAGACCAUCACAAUUUAAGUGACCGUCGCAGAAAAUAUGAGAUAUUUAAAAAGAACAAAUUUGAUUUACUUAAGCUGUGUUGUGAAUCAAGAAAAAUAAAUCAUAAACAAUUAAU